CGCUGUGCCUGUUACGUAGCCUGGCUUGUUUUGGCCGUUUGUUUCGAUAUCCGGCUCCCAAAGCUUGUCGAUGUGCUGGACGUUUUAACUGAGAGGGUCAUGCCCCUCUGAUAUCAGGGCCCCGUGUGUGUGCAUGAGUGUUUGUGGGCAGGAGUGAGAGUGAAGGCGGAGGACUCAGGGAGUCUGGCUGGCUGUCUCACCAUGGCUGACGGAACCAGUGAUGAGGAUGUCAUUCAUCUGGCCAGUUUCAACACACACCGCAGUCAAGGUAACAGAUCAGCAGGGAGGACCUAUAUAACCAUAUCUGAUGAUUCCGAUGAUGAGCCAGUCACGUUUGUACCAAACGCUCCUGUUGUGGUCAAAGAUGAUGAAGAUGAAGACGAAGAUGAAGUUAGCAUUUUAGAGCCACAGGUACCAUCUCAGCGCAGCCUGAUCCGGCCUGCUGCACAGUGGGGAGGCAGCACAUCCCAGGGCCAGGCUUCUGCACCAGCCCCAAACCCAGUGGACUCGCACCUUCCCCACUCUUCUGUAGCAUCUGCACAUCCCACAUCAGGAAAUCAAGCCAUUGGUGUCUUUACUACGGACCAGAACGCUGUACCUUCCACAUCAAGAGACAAUUUUGUGCUCGGACCUCACUUUCCUGCUGGGGGCUCGCUGCCCCAACCUAACAAUCCCUUGCCCAUUGCUCACCCAGCAAAUCGGAGUACCUCUCUUUUUACUCCAGCUGUUAUCGAGUUACUGCCUCAGCCAAGCACAGGUAACCAGGUAGCAGUAGAUGGUCUCCAUAGAACUGAAAGGUACUCUGGGGCUGUAGCCCCUGUCCCUCCUCAGGAACAGCCUGUAGUCAGGCUACAGCCCACGCAGACAGGACUGGUGCCUGAGGUGACAGUACCCCAGCCAGCAGGACAGCAGCAACAGCAACAGUAUACUCCUCCUCUCUCCCCUGCAACCCUUCUGGCACUGGAGCAUGUGGAGCAGCCUGGUUCCUCAGCAGCCAGCCUGCCUCCAGCACCUCAGCACUACAAACUUGAGAUGCUGGUGAAGAGAGUGACGGACCUUUUUCCAGAUGUGCAGGAGACGUACGUAGCAGAAUUGAUAGGAGCAAAUGACCUGAAAGAUUUAAAUGUAAUAUGCAAUAUGCUUUUGGAGAAUCCUGAUUAUCCAAGAAAAGCAAUCUCUAGUUUAAUUCAGAGAAGUGUGCUCCUUGAGACGAAUGACACUGAAACACAGGAAAAUGAGAACUAUUUUGAUUACUCCAAGUUGAAAAGCGUUGGCCCAGAGGUUGUAAUCCAAGCAGCAGACCUGCUGAUGGGUGACUUCAGAAUGCUGAGCUGCCAGGAUAUCAAAUGGGCCCUGAAUUCCCUUAAAGGACACUAUGCAAUCACCCGCAAGGCCUUAUUUGAAGCCCUUAAGAAGUGGCAGGAAAUGUCCAAUGACCCCUCAGGGAAGAGGAAGAAGAGAAAAGAGCCAUAUGAGCGUGCUUUUAUUGAAUUCAAGUUUGAGCAUGGUUCUUUUAAACUGGAGAGGAAGAUGUACUUUUUAGAGAAAAAUCGGCGAUGGAGUAGGAGCGCUGACACAGCACUAGAGCCAUCUUUAAUGAAAGAAUUUCAGUUCUUUGAGCAGAAAGCAAAGGAAAUGGCUGAGCAUGAAGAUUUCCUUCUGGCUUUGCAAGUGAAUGAGGAGCAGUAUCAAAAGGAUGGCCAGCUGAUAGAGUGUGGCUGCUGCUGUGGAGAGUUUGCCUUUGAGGAGAUGACCCAGUGCUCUGACGGCCAUCUCUUCUGUAAGGAGUGCCUGGUGAAAUAUGCCCAGGAGGCUGUGUUUGGCUCAGGACGGUCAGAGCUCAGCUGCAUGGAUGGGAACUGUACCUGCUCAUUCCCCACAAGUGAACUGGAGAAAGUUUUACCAGAGAACAUCCUUUUUAAAUACUACGAGCGGCAGGCAGAGGAGGCUGUAGCUGCCACCUGCGCAGAUGAGCUGGUCAGGUGUCCAUUCUGUAACUUCCCUGCCCUUUUGGACAAAGAGAUUUCUCUGUUCAGCUGCCCUAAUCCUCGCUGCAGAAAAGAGAGCUGCCGGAAGUGCCAUGUGGUGUGGAAGGAGCAUGCGGGAAAGACCUGUGAGCAGGUGCUGGAGAGGGACGAGAUCCGGCUGCGGGUGGCUUUUGAGGAGCGCAUGACAGCUGCCCGUGUCAGAAAGUGCCAUAAGUGUUCCACGGGGCUGGUCAAAUCGGAGGGCUGCAACCGAAUGUCCUGCCGCUGCGGCUCCUUCAUGUGCUACCUCUGCCGUGAGCCCAUCAAUGGCUACAACCACUUUUGCCAGCACGCCCGCUCACCUGGCGCCCCCUGCCGUCACUGCAAGAAGUGCUCACUGUGGACAGACCCCACGCAAGACGAUGAGCGAAUUAUUCAGGAGAUCCAGAAGGAGGGUGAAGCUGAACUCAACAAAAAGAGCAGUCAGACAGACACCACUGGGAAGAGAGUGGGCCCUCCUCCUGAGCCCACCCCUGCUAAGAGGCCUCGGGUGGCGCAAGUACCAGCCAACAAUGCUGCUGCGCAGCCUCCCCUGCUCAUCCCUCAGGUGAUGCUGCCUGGCCCCCAGCGGCUCCUCCUGCAGCCCAUCGCUGCCCCGUAUGUGCCCCCACUUCCCAACCUGCCCAUCAACUAUAACGUCCCCAAUGUCAACUUUGACUUUAACAUGCCUAUGCACUACGGCCCACCACACCGUUUCUUCAGGCCUCUCUGAGGAGCCUGUGGUACCAAGAGCCACGGUUGGACUAGAAAGUGUGUGAACACCCCAGACUCUAGAAUCUUAUGUUAACAGCCCCUCACUCUUUGUUUUUCUAUCGCAUUGGAGCCCUUUUAUUAAGAGUGUAAAACUGCAAACUGCAGCAGAGUGCCUAAUCGGCUUGCUUCUUCCCUUUUCUGUUAAAUCUUUUUUUUUUUCUUUUUUUUUUUAUAUGAAGCACAGAAUGUUGAGUAAAAGAAUUUCUCCAGCAGUGUGAA